GACACGUCCAUUAAGAGAAGACAACACCGCAGCCUUUGUUUUUGUUACCGGGUUUGUGGUUUAAUCUAAGCACAUUAUAGAGAGUUUUUCUCCCUCCUCGUUUCGAUGAACCCGUGUUCAACUUCUGAGCUGAGAAACUACCAAUGGGUCAUGAUCAGGCUACUCCAACCUGCGUGUGUUUGAACAGGAACGCUGCUUCAUGCUCCUGUUUCCGCUGAAGAGAUGAACUGUUUAAGGUGGAGGUUUAGACGUACAGCACCUGAGACUGCUAUCAGCCACGAUGAGCUGGCUUUCAGGCAUCCAAGAAUCAACGGAUGGUCAUGCCCGCCCGGAGCUUCUCAACUGGUUGGAUGGCUGGUGUACGGCUUCCUCGCCACAGUCGGUUUUGGCAUCCACAUCCCUCUUCUGCCUCGGCCGUGGCACCAUGUGGCCUAUGCUACUCUUGGCGCUGUAUUCGUUGUGCACUUUUUCACCCACGUUGCUGCUGUGACCGUAGAUCCAGCAGAUGCUAGUGUCAGAGCCAAAGUGGACUAUUCCAGUCCACUGCCACGUUUUGACCGAUCCAAACAACCACAUGUUAUCAAGGACCAACACUGUUUUCUGUGUGACGUCCAGGUGUUCAGAAUCAGUGAGCACGGCUCAAAGCUUUCAAUAAACCAUCUUUGGAUGCAUCCAAGUGCAGCUAGCGGCCCCAGAGUUAAACACUGCAGUGUUUGCAACAAAUGUGUGGAAGACUUCGAUCACCACUGCAAAUGGCUAAAUACCUGUGUGGGUGGUAGAAACUACUGGUUGUUUUUUUCAGCACUUGUCUCUGCUUUAGUGGGUGUGCUUUUGCUUUUUAUGCUCAUCCUCUUCAUCUUUGUACAACACAUACGAGAUCCACAAAUCCUGAGGACUGCACCACAAUUAGGAGCCUUACCAGAAAAUUCAACAUGGCUGCUUUUCUUACCAUUUGCUCCCAUUGAGACGAGUUCAGCAGCUCUUCUUACAAUCACUUUCAUUGUUCUAAUGCUGAGCACCAUCUGCCUGGUGCUGCUCACUCAUUUAUUGUGUUUUCAUCUUUACUUGUUUCAUAAAGGGAUUAGUACAUUUGAAUAUGUGAAGUUAAAAAAACAAGAAAAAUCUAGAAGUCAAGACCUUGAAUCUAAAAAACCCUGGGGUUCAAAAAGGCUCAGCAAGACUCCACAGAACCAAGAAAACUCAAUUGACUGUGAACCAUCAAAAUACCCCAGUUCAAGCUCAUUCACCUGUCGACUUUCAGAGUCUUUAUGUACAGAGAUGGAAAGCUUCAAGAUAUCGGCAGAAAAUGACAAGUUCCGUUAUGGCACCGAAAAUAAAACAAGGGAAAUCUCCAUGAAUGCCAUCAAAAACGGGAAAGCCAUUGAGGAAAAUGACACUCAGAGUGGAUGUGGAACCUCUUUUCCCGAGGCACGGGACCCUUUAGGCAGCUCAGUUAUGUCUCCUAACCAUUCCUCUGAGUAAAUGAUGUCUGCAAGGUCAUGGGUCAACAUUUUCCGCCAGGAGCACCUUGCAAAUGUACUUUUACUUUUCAACUGUAAAUUCCUUUUUUUUUUUACAAGCUUUCAGCAUAUGUAAAAAAUGUAUUGAAGUAGUGAUUGCACUGUUGUUUGCCGUUAUCUUCCUGUAACUUUUCCACAGCUUUCCACCAACUAAAUCUGCAUCGAAACUUCCACCAAAGACUCCAGGUUUCUAUGAGUAACUUGAAUAAUACUACACUUCAGCUGUGAUGAAACACCAUAUUUGAAAUGUGUUUCAGCUUUUCAUUUGAUUUUUUUUUUUUUUUAACGUCCCCUGACGGUUUCAAUGGCAGUAUCAAUAUCGAGAUAGUUGAGCCUGGGUUCACAGAGCAUUCCAGUAAAGAGAUCCGUUGAUUACAUUUUUUUUAAACUGUGGAAUAAACAUAUUUGUCACUCUUGAA